AUGCCUCGUACUAAGCAAUUCAGUCACUCACAGACAGCAGGAAAGAAGCUCAUUGAGCUCACACCAAACAGAAAGGGCUCUGUAUACAAGCCAGCUGCCACCUUGUCUCAGACAAAGAAGCGUGUGCCUGGAAACAAGGCAUUGGCCGAGGUCAAGAAGUAUCAAAGAAGCACAGCACUGUUGGUGCGUCUUGCUGCAUUCAAACGCAUCGUAAGACAUUGCAUGGGCAGUAUAGAACAAGGACAAGAACUCAGAUUCCAGAAAGCAGCAUUUCUGACACUUCAAAGCGCAUAUGAGGCAUUCAUGACAGACGUCCUUGAAGAUGCAUGCAGGUUGACUGUUCAUGCCAAGAGGAAGACACUCUUCAGGGCUGAUAUUCAACUCACCUACAAAAUCAAGUACAAGUACGAUCUGAUUCCAAGCAUGACUGAAUAA